AUGCAUAAAUACACCAAAGUUUUCUUUGUAGCAAUCUUUGUACACACCUUGAAAUCUGGCUUGGUAUUUGCCCCCGUUUCAGGCACUGCCAUAGAUAUCGACAAGGAUGGUAAAUUCCCCGACAGAAUAACAAUCAACCACUUCCAGAGUGAUAUGGAAGGCUACAAGGCCUACACUUACCAAAAGGAUGGAGACAAAUACGUGAACAUCAGCAAAGUUUUCUAUGGUGAACGUCUGCUCAAGGUCGCCGGCUACAACAUGAAAUGCGACUACGUUUUCUACAUAAAGGUUUUCUGGAAGGCUGAUAUCGCUCCAUUCCUUAUAAAACUCAAAUACUACUCCUGGUCAUGGGCUCCUUACAGAAAGCACUUCAAGUUGAACCCACAGCUCGAAUGGGAGGAGGUGUUCAUUCCAACAAUUGAUGAGACAUCCGAGACCGGUUACAGGAAAUUGUUCAAGCAAAGGAUGGACAACCUUGUUUCUUUGAUCGGUGAUGACCUCCUUUCCACCUACAAACCAUUCAAGGCAACCAAGGCUGAACAGGUUGUUGCCGGUGCUACUGAGGAAGAGAAGUCUGACAAGAAGAAAUACGUUCUCAUGGUUGUUGUCGUUGUGGUAUUCGUUGUUGUUGCCUCUCUUGUUGUUUUCUUGGUUAAAUUCUGUUUGAAGUAG